AUGGCUCAAUACGCUGCUGACAGUACCACCAACGACGAUUCUGAUAUUCUAGAUGAUGGAUUGCUGUCUAAUGCGAUAGACGAAAGCAGUCCAUUUAAUCUUGAUGAUGUCCCUUCAGCUGUGGAAUCCAACAAUCCUGUACCGCAGGAAGAGGUGUUUCACAGCAUGUUUAUUGCCUGCGAAGGCCAGGAGACAACCGGCCAUACUUUGGAACAGACUCCUGUUUGUACCUUACCUCUGUCAGCCUUCGAGAAAGUCUUUCACAAGAAGGACAAGGCAACUGCAGCAAAUUUAUUACUGCGUCACACUAAUCUCCGCGUUGAUCCUCAUCUCACAUUUGCCCCCGAUCACCCCAGUCUGUUGUGUGAUGCAUCAAAACAUUUCCUUGACUUUGUCCUUGUCGUAUCAGGUGCAAUUGGCUUGCAUGAAUUCCUCCUGAACACUCUUUCUGACCACACCUUUUCCGUCUCUCUGGAUUUCUGUCUCAAUAACAAACAGUUCAAACCCAAGUUUGGCAAGCAUGGUUUUGACCCUACAGGCUCGAUGAUGGCAAUUGGGACUGGCAUUUCUUGUGAGCUGUGGUUGGGAUUUUGUCCCUUGACACACAUCAAGGAUAUUUCUCUUGCAGACGAGGCUCCUUUGCUAAAUGAAAAGAAACAUGGUGAGACACAUCUGUCAUCCCUUCACUAUCACAUGGCUGUGAUGUUUAUUGCCUUGACAUUGGCACAAAUAUCAUCCCUACCUAUCCAUAUCAUGCAUACAUACGGAACCGACGAGGAUUUUAUGCAGUGGAGAGUCAAGGAGGUCACGAACCUGUAUGAUCAGCUGAUCAUCAACCUCCAUUUGGAGGACUUGAAGGCCCUCCACAGAUACAUCGUAUCAGAUUGGGAUGAAUGGCGUGCAGGUAUGGGCAAAACCAAGCAAUUGAGAGCUUGGAUCCGGCUGCUCAAGGCGUUGAAGAGGGCAAACUGGCAAGCGGAGCGCGAAUAUUCCGACAUUCGCUAUAUGUCCAUGGCUAUUGCCACGGAUCUCACCCAUAAUGUAAAAUCUUGCGGUGUUCUUGUCAACCUCGAGAUUAUCACAGAGUUGUUUUCUGCAAUGAUUACCAAUGAUGACAUGGCCCUCAAUCCUGAUAUCAUCAUGGACGAUGACAAUCUCCAUAUUCCUCGCGUCAAUGUCUAUCCUCAAGCUUUCCUGAGGAAGUAUGGUCAUAUCCAAUGCAAUGCAGUCUUACCCCAUUUCGCUCCAUUCAUGUCAAAAAUUUGUAAAGCCAUUUCUCAAGACACAAUUGGUCGAGAUGAAUUUGAUGACCACACUUUGGAUGACGACCUUGACUAUUUGAACAAUUUUCAGAAGCUCAUGUCAACUGUACUCUUGGCUAGCGGUUGCCAGUUCUACAAUGAGAUCUCGCAUUGCAUCAGGCUGUCCGCCGCCUUACACAAUGUUCAGAAAGGUCACAUCACUUCUGCCCUCUUGGGUGCUUAUGCCACUACACGCAACACUCAGACCACGCAUAUGAUGGUUCUUAGAGAGUGUAGUCUGCUCUUGCCUCACCAAUGUUACAAUAACAAAAUCGAUGUAAAUGACGUUCCCUACAUGGUUGUACCCUUGGCAAGUUACUGGUCGCAUCCUACCAUCUUCGAGGCCAUUCGCCCACACCUGUUUGUGUUGACCGCUGAAGCAUUUCCCCAUGUUUAUCAAUGGACCACCUAUCCAAUCACGUCCCUGCUCGAAUGUAUAUGGGAACAUUUCCUGCCUGUCCUCACCAAAGGUGGUAAACCUGCCCCUCAAGUCAUUGAAUUAUGCUCCAUCCUCGAAUGCACGUUGGCAUAUGCUCAUACUGGAAACUCAAAAGUCACCACUGCAUGCAAUGCCAUGGAGGCAGAAGAUGCCAUCGAUGGGGAACUCCAUGCAUCACAGCAGCACAGAGGACUUUGCAAAUGGCUUGCAACUGCUCAUCCUCUUGGUCAUGUUGAUAAGGCAUAUGAACAUUUAGUGUCCUGCAUGCUUUCCAAAUCCACUGCCCACCACAAGGGAUCGCCAAAUCCAACCAAGGACAAACUCUCCAUCCAAGACUUUGCUUGCCUCAUUUGUGAGAUGUCUCGAGGGACCGACCCUGUCACCAUCGCCACUCCUCUCAUCUUCAAUGGGGGUUCAACUCCUGUCUUUCGCAUCACUCUAACAUAUAUGCGCAAAUAUGCCCCGCAGGAUUCUACACAGUCUUCAGAGAGGUUCUUGCAGGAAGCAUUCAUCAUCGCCGCCAAUCAUCUUCAUAUCAACAAUAUCCCCUGGCAUGGUGCAGCAGGACUGUGUGGCAGACGGCGUCAGAAGCCUGUCUUUGAUUCCUGGUUGAGCAAUGCUGCGGCCAAUGCAUCUCAAUGCGCCCAGGUCACAGAUACCAGGACAGCUUGGUCUGCUGAGUUGAUCACCUUGCAGUCAUUGGCCGAUUACAUCCUUCGCUCUCGUCUCCCUGAUGAAUUCGCGAUUGAGAGCAUCGAGCUCCCAAGAGGCCCAACAGCUGGCAGCAAGCCUAGCGUGAGUAUGAUCUAUGAGUGGGUUUUUGCAAACUUCGACAUCAAUAAACCUCUGCAUCAGAUCGCACUCAUCGCCGGUAUUUAUGUCAGCCAGAUUCUUCCUGAUUUAUUCUUCGCCGACAGCAAUAAAUCACAAGGGAAUGUGACCAAUCCUGUCAUGCUCACAAAGGCAAUACGCGCUCUCCCAUGGAAGCCACACCGCCGCAGUCGCAAAGGGUGCAGACUGCCAAGCCAGUUCAUCGCCAUGGUGCCUGCCUAUAUAAUCGCAGUGUACGCCCCAACAAGCUCCUUGUGCAUUCAUUUGAAAAGUGGUAAUAGCUUCCCCACCAUCUGGAAUUCGAAGAACAUUGCAAAAGGGAUCGGGCCACUCCUUCUUGUGCGACUAGGCCUUGCAAGUGCCUUAUCGCACAGAAUUUGGAAAGGUGGGCUGCCUUUGGUGCAUUGGACGUUGCUCUCUCCAGAGGAUAUAACCGUCAAACAUCGGGAGAUCAGUGCAUGUUUGGCUGAUCGCCACUAUGGUCCCUUCCACAUUGCAGUUAUGUUGUUUGGCAUUGAUAAAGCUGUCAACCUUGGGCGCACAUCUCAGACAUACACCAUCAAUCCUGCUAUUGCGUCCAUCAGGGCCAAAAAGCACAUGUUGAAGGUCGAUUCUGAUGACGACAAGGUUGAGAUUGUGCAGGUGAAGACGGUGAAAUUUGCUCAUUUGCACUGGUGCUGUAAUAAUCAUGUAUGCUACACCGUGAAUUCGAACAACUGUCUGAGACUCUGA